ACCAAUCAGGGGCAGCUCGGUGCCUCUUUCAGGAAGUAAACGCACAAACUACAGAGGAGAUAGCAAGGAAAGCUGUACCUGAGAGUGCAACCUCUGGCCAGGCGACAUAAGUCUAAAAUAAUAAUGUCCUUAACCGUUUUAAGAUCUGCUUACAGACUGAGGUCCCUCUGCAGACUGCAGCGAAUCCAGGGCCACAUGAUGUCGAGUCAGGUGGAACCAGAGGUUCUUCUGGAGAAAGUGGGCAGCGCAGGUCUGAUCACCAUAAACAGACCCAAAGUCCUGAAUGCCCUCAACCUAACCAUGAUCCGGCAGAUCUACCCGCAGCUCAAGAAAUGGGAAAAUGACAAUGAGACUGACAUUAUGAUCAUCAAAGGAGCAGGUGGGAAAGCCUUUUGUGCUGGUGGAGACAUCAGAGCGGUCACAGAAGCAGGGAAAGUUGGAGACGCUCUUGCAGAGGACUUUUUCCGUGAGGAAUAUAUUCUCAACAAUGCUAUUGGAGCAUGCAGGAAACCAUAUAUCGCCCUUAUUGAUGGAAUAACAAUGGGAGGGGGCGUAGGUCUGUCAGUUCAUGGACGGUUUCGAGUGGCCACUGAGAAGACGCUGUUUGCCAUGCCAGAGACUGCUAUUGGGCUUUUCCCUGACGUGGGCGGUGGCCAUUUUCUGCCGAGGCUCCGGGGCAAGUUGGGACUGUUUCUGGCCUUAACGGGCUUCCGUCUCAAGGGACGUGACGUGCAGAGAGCUGGAGUUGCCACUCACUUUGUAGAGUCUAAGAAGAUCCCAGACCUGGAGAAGGAGCUGGUGGACUUGAGGUCUCCCUCUGCUGAAGACGUCUCCAGAGUGCUAGAUUCCUACCAGAACCAGAGUAGUCUGGAUUCUGAGAAGGUUUUUGUCCUGGACAAGCACAUGUCUGAUAUUGACAGGUUGUUCAGCUCCAGCAGCGUGGAGGGCAUCAUGCAGAACCUGAAAGCAGAUGGCUCAGAGUUCGCUAACAAACAAGUGGAGACGCUGUCCAGGAUGUCUCCCACGUCCCUGAAAAUCACCUAUAAGCAGCUGCAGGCGGGUGCAUCUCUGAGCCUGCAGGACGUGUUGGUGAUGGAGUAUCGACUGAGCCAGGCCUGCAUGAGGGGCUGCGACUUUUAUGAGGGUGUAAGAGCCGUGCUGGUUGACAAGGACCAGAAUCCCAAGUGGAACCCGUCAACGCUGGAGGAGGUGUCUGAUCAGACUGUGGACCAGUGCUUCUCCUCACUGGGAGAGAAAGACCUGACCUUCUGAUGUCUGUCAGCCAGCAGCUGCUUCCCACCUUCAAACACACACCGCUCAGCCUUCGCCAAGCCUCCUGUCCCCACAUCCCUUUAUGUCCCUUUAUGUGAGAGGAUGGGAGAAAGUCUGUCAUUCUAUGACGAGUACAUACAUAGGUCAUAUACUUAAUAGUUUGACUCUAUACUACUACUACUUCUACUACUAAUACUGUGGUGACAUUUUACAGGAGAAUCCAGGCUGCUCCUCUGCAGCUGAGGAAAAGAAGGUUAGAUUCAUGUUCACAGCCAGAAAUGGAAAAUAGUAGCAGAAGAGGUAGCUAACACUGUGUCACACCUGACAAAUGUUCAGAGUAAACUUGCUCUGCAGUGGAAGUGGAGUCUUUUUUUUUACAUAAAUAACUCUCUUCUGCUGCAAAUCCAAGGAAUCUGCCGCACAGCAGCAUUAACAUGAGGACAUGGGAGGAGAAAAUGAUCUCACCGCUGAGUGCUUCAUUACAUUUCCUGUGGGUGUUUGUUGCUGUGACAUGGAUCAGUAUCAUCUGUAUUUCUGCAGUGUGGCCACUUGUUCUAAUUCAGAUAAUAUAUCGUCUCUAUUCCUGAAUUUUUUUGUCUUUUUCCAGUAUUUGUCUUUUUAGUAGUAUCUGUAUUUUUUCAGAUGUAACAUAGAUCACAAAGGUAUUCUCUGACAUAUCCAAGCAACACUCCCAAGACAAAUGGCCGAUUUAGAAGUAGAAGUAUAUCAGUAUUUUACUCUGAAUGCAUUUACAUGAUUGUUACAUUGCAUUUUUAGAAAACAAAUGUGUUUUCAGCCGUCUGAAAUGUGUGUUAUAUAGUGCGUUUUUAUAUUUAACUUCUUCUGAUGGACAUGUCAGUAGGAGUCAAAUCACCUCCCUAAACACCAGCUCUCAAUAGCUGCAUUAUUUAUGAGACAACCAGUCAGAUUGGGCGUCACUGCUGGAACAGAGGGCAAUAAAGAGAGUUUGUAAUGUAACAUAAAAUGUUGUGUUCUUGGUAAGUGAAGAAGGAUCUUUUAUGACCUGCUUAUAAAGUGUUCUUGUAAAACAUUGACACGUCGUUAUAAAGUGCCUUUGUUAUCAGCAUGGAAUCGCCAAGCUGCUGCUCAGAUAUGAACUCUAGAAAGUAAACAUUCACACAUUUAAGCUGCUCUGUUCUACCUACCGUAUUGGCAGGAAGUCUUGCAUAUUUUGUUAGACAGGUAUAAUUGUGUAAUAGAUUAUUAGAGACCACAGUCUGUUACAAAUGAAUGACCAAGCUAUUGGUCUGAUAGUUCUACAGACUCACAAAUAUCUGAUUAAAUUAUAAAAAAUCAGGUUUCAGAACUAUUUUUGUGAUUUUUGAAUCCCAAGCUAUCUACAGUAUGGGACACCUGUACCUCAUGUCUGUUUAAAUCUUCUCUACCUGCUUCAUAUUCACAGUCUGACUCAAUAACACAAAUCUCAUUUCAACAGUAGCCUCUUGUAAUCUGUGUCAUAUUCAUCAAGCACCACCAGUAGUGCAACAUGCAGUCUGAGGUUCACAGGAUGGCCUCCACAUACUGCAGCCAAUAAACUGCCAUAAACACUGA